UCUCAUUUGCUUUUAGAUCCACAUUGUGCUCAUCCUCCUGUCUCAAGCAUUGUUUCCAACAUAAGAUUCCACUCGCAAUGUUUUACCUGGUCGGAUUGGGCCUGGCAGAUGCCAAAGAUAUUACAGUCAAAGGGCUAGAAAUCGUCAAGAACGCUGAGAAAGUCUACCUGGAAGCAUAUACGUCUAUUCUCACGGUCGGGAAAGAAGCUCUGGAGAGUUACUAUGGUCGUGAGGUCAUACUCGCAGAUAGAGAGACGGUGGAGCAGCUUGCCGAUGACUUGCUAUCUGGUGCCGUAGAAAGUGAUGUUGUCUUGCUGGUUGUUGGUGAUCCGUUCGGCGCCACCACCCAUACUGAUCUAGUGUUGCGAGCCAAGCAGGCUGGUAUUGAGGUCGGGGUUGUGCACAACGCCUCCAUCAUGAACGCUGUUGGUUGCUGUGGACUGCAGUUGUACUCGUACGGCGAGACUGUGUCCAUUGUGUUCUGGUCGGACAACUGGAAGCCAGAAAGUUUCUAUGACAAGAUCUGCCACAACUCCCAGCGCGGUCUCCACACCCUCUGUUUACUAGAUAUCAAGAUGAAGGAGCAGUCUGUAGAAAACCUGAUAAGAGGACGGCAAAUCUUCGAACCGCCUCGUUUCAUGACCACGCAGCAAGCGGCCGAGCAACUUAUUGCCAUUUACAAGCGGCGCACGGCAAGCAGUGAUGGCAAAGGCGACAGUUCGGAUGACGAAGCCGCCGCAGACCAGAAUUUAUUUACCGAUGUAACAGAGGAAAGUCUGGCAGUGGGUGUAACACGCGUGGGCAGUGACUCUCAGCGCAUCGCAGCUGGCACUCUCCAGCAGCUAGCCGACACUGAUCUCGGUGAUCCGCUGCACAGUUUAGUGGUGGUGGGACAUAUGCACUGCUUGGAGCGGGACAUGCUACGCCAGUACGCCAUCGAUGUGGCUGACUUUGAUGAGCGUACAAAGCACGUGAAGGAGUAGGAAAGAAGCUGGUUUAGUUGCUGCUGGCGACAAUGAUGAGAUGGUGACCCUGUAUGCUCCUGGCUGGACCACUGGUUGUAGUGCUAGUCUCGUUAUGGUGCGGUUGUGACCAUACUGGCUUGCCCUUAUCUAUUAUCUUGGAGAGUGUGAGGUCCCCAGUGCCACCAGCCGGAAGGGUGUCUUAGCACUCGCGUGCCACCGUACACCAGCUCGGUCUCAGCGAUGUGAGAGCUGUAAUCACAGACCAUGCUGCUGCUGUAUCUCUCACUGCAUGUGUGCUGCUGCAGUUAGGGACUUCCCCUCGGGCGGUGUUUGUGUAUUUACAGCACCGGAGAACACAGUCCGCUAAGUCCAUGAUCCGUGUUGACUACUUCAAAGUAGUUGUAGCGCGUGGGACAUAGCAAGGUGUUCGGCCGGGCAGGAGCUUGCCGCACACGUUUGUGUGUGUGUGUGUGUGCUGCGCUCUUUUCUGACAAGCCCUGCGGGGCGUCUCGAGUUUCCGAGCUUUGAUCCCAAGUGACCAGGAGACUGGCUGUCGUCACACGUGCCAUACAAGUACACCACCAGCUACUUAGCUUGUACGCUGUACAUGCCUGUGUUGUACUACUGCAGCACUAUCCGGGUAUCCCCCUCCCCUUCCUUAACCAUUUAGAAUUUCAACACUAGCAAUGUGCGUGUUCUGCUUCAAAGUACCUGUUAUUAUUUCAAAUCCUCCCGUGCCUCUUCUCCUGUGCCUCUUCUCCUGUGCCUCUUCCUUAGAAGCUUCACAAGAAACUAGAAGCUAGAUGUAUACCUCAGAGCACCAGUGAUCAUUCUAUAAUUCUAUUUUUCCGAAAGAAACGCCAGAUCAAGAAA